AUGGCUCCGGCUAGCAAGGCUGACAAGAAGGCAGCAGUGGAUGCAGCUGCAUGGGUGUUCAAUGUUGUUACGUCUGUUGGAAUUAUCAUUGUAAACAAAGCUUUAAUGGCCACCUACAGCUUUCGUUUUGCUACAACAUUAACAGGUCUUCAUUUCGCCACUACAACUUUGAUGACAUCCAUACUAAAGAUGCUGGGAUACAUCCAGCCUUCUCAUUUACCUUUAUCAGAGCUUCUAAAAUUUGUUAUCUUUGCUAACUUCUCCAUUGUUGGAAUGAAUAUUAGUCUAAUGUGGAACUCAGUUGGAUUCUAUCAAAUUGCUAAGUUGAGUAUGAUCCCAGUAUCGUGCCUUUUGGAAGUUGUUUUUGACAAGAUUCGAGGUUUCGUUGCUGCCCUUGUAGCAGUGUGGAGCACUUCUCUGCAACAAUAUUAUGUCCAUUUCCUUCAGAGGAAGUAUUCACUAAGUUCUUUCAACCUUUUGGGACAUACAGCACCUGCACAGGCUGCAUCACUACUUCUGUUGGGCCCUUUUCUAGACUAUUGGUUCACAAACAAUAGAGUUGACAGAUUUGCUUUUAAUUCAGGUUCUUUGAUAUUUAUAUUUAUGUCAUGCACAAUAGCAGUUGGGACCAACCUCAGUCAAUUUAUUUGCAUUGGCAGAUUCACUGCUGUCUCCUUUCAAGUACUAGGCCACAUGAAGACAAUACUUGUUUUGAUAAUGGGGUUCUUUUUCUUUGGGAGGGAAGGUCUAAAUGUUCACGUGGUUUUAGGGAUGGUUAUAGCUGUGUGUGAAAUGAUAUGGUAUGGCAAUGCCUCAUCAAAGCCUGGUGGAAAGGAGCGUUUGAAUCACUCUCUUCCUACCAACAAACUAGAAAAUCGAUAG